AUGGAGGAGCAACCAUCAUCGCCGUCGCAGCAGCAGCCCCGCGCCGCCGCGACGACGAACCCCUUUGCGCAGCCGAAGCGCAAAAUGGGCCCGAUGGAAAAAGCCGCCCGCAAGGCGCUACGCGAGGACCACGCCCGGCGGCAGGCCGAGGACGCCGAGCGCCUCCUGCGCGAGCCGCUACCCAAGUACGUGCCGAAACCCGUCGCGGGGUGCCACGUCUUCUUCCACCCGGACCUGGGCAUCGGCGGCGCCGAGCGGCUCGUUGUCGACGCCGCCGUCGGCCUCCAGGACAAGGGCGCCAAGGUCGUCAUCUACACCAACUACUGCGACCCCCACCACUGCUUUGACGAGUGCCGCAAUGGUACUCUCGACGUCCGCGUCAAGGGCUCCUGGCUCAUCCCGCGCUCCUUUUUCGGGCGCUUCACUAUUCUCUGCGCCAUCCUGCGGCAGGUCCACCUCCUACUGCACAUCUGGCUCACCGGCGAGCUCGAGGAUCUCAAACCCGCCAUCUUCAUCGUCGACCAGCUGUCCGCGGGCCUGCCGUGGCUGCGCCUGCUGGUCUCUCCCAAGACGGGCAUCGUCUUUUACUGCCACUUUCCCGACCUGCUCCUCGUUCAGGGCCGCCACGCCUCCCUGCUUAAACGCCUCUACCGCAUCCCCUUUGACCGUCUUGAGGAGUGGUCCAUGGGUUUCGCCGACGCCGUCGCCCUCAACUCCAACUUUACAAAGUCCAUCGUCCAGCUCACCUGGCCCGAGCUUCUCGAGCACACCACCGCCCGCGUCAUCUACCCCUGCGUCGACACCGAGUCGAAAGAGGACGACCUCACCGACGACGGGCCUCCACUCUUCCCCAACGGCGACCGCGUGCUCCUCAGCAUCAACCGCUUUGAGCGCAAAAAGGACAUUGGCCUCGCCAUCCGCGCCUUUGCCAGUAUCCCCGACAAUGAGCGCCGCGGAGUGCGCCUUGUUAUCGCCGGCGGCUACGACCGCCGCGUCGCGGAGAACGUAGAGUACCACCGCGAGCUCGAGUCCCUCGCCAACGAGUGCCAGCUCGCCCACGACACCAUCAACACGGCCGACAACCCGACCGCGCGCCAGCCCGGCGACACGUCCGCGCCCGUGCUCUUCCUCCUCUCCGUGCCCCACGACCUCAAGCGGCGGCUGCUGCGCGCCGCCGCCCUGCUCGUCUACACGCCGGCCAAUGAGCACUUUGGCAUCGUCCCCCUCGAGGCCAUGCUCGCGCAGGUGCCCGUGCUCGCCGCGAACACCGGCGGGCCGACAGAGACCGUCGUCGAGGCCGAGACGGGCUGGCUCCGCGACCCGUACGAGCCCCUCGCCUGGUCGGCCGUCAUGCGCCGCGCCCUCGGCCUUCCCGCCGCCGAGGCCCAGCGCAUGGGCGCCGAGGGCAGACGGCGCGUCAAGGAGACCUUUGGCCGCGACCACAUGGCCACGACGCUCAUGAAUGUUGUCCGCGACAUUGUCGUCGCCCGCCGCGACUCGGACGCCGACAACACCCUCAUCAUCGUCGUCGUCGGCACCGUCUUCUCUCUCAUCCUCGCCGGCCUGUCCCUCGGCAUCGCCCUCUGGAUGAUGCACGACAUGAAGAAGAACGCGACCAUUCAGGAGGCAGUCCGCAUGCUGUGA